GGGAUGGUUUUUUAGAUAAAUGAAGGCCCCGUGUCCCUGGGUUCUCGAAAAUAUCGGAUAUCGACUUUGUCUACUCCAGGACUCAAUUCGCCCUUGCGAUCAUCAACCAUGUCGCUCGCGAUUGCUGUACAGAAGAAAGGCGCUGAUGGGUCAGCUUCUCCAAGUUCCCUAUCUUCCACCGAGAUAUCCAAAGGGCUCGCUGAAGUCAAGAUCUCUGAGACCGAUUCUACUCUCGGGGUUCCUGCCGACGAAAAGCGUUUCUGGUUCCAAAGGGCUAUUAAAUACGACCCCGACGCUAUCGCUACCCAGAACCUGAAAAAGUUCGACCCAUCGGCCAGAUGGACUUGGGGCGAAGAGCACAGACUGAUCCGCAAAAUCGACUUUCGAAUUAUGAUCUGGGCUUGCAUCAUGUUUAUGUCUCUGGAGUUGGAUCGUGCGAACAUCCAGCAAGCCAAUACGGAUAACUUCCUGAAGGACCUCAAACUGACUACCAAUGACUAUAAUCUUGGAAAUACUGUGUUCAAGGCGGCUUUCCUGUGUGCCGAACUUCCCUCCCAGCUGGUUUCUAAAUGGAUCGGCCCCGAUCGCUGGAUUCCUGCUCAAAUGAUUCUCUGGUCAUUUGUCGCCCUGUCGCAAUUUUGGCUGUCCGGCAGGACGUCGUUCCUUACGUGUCGUGCUCUUCUGGGUAUCCUCCAAGGCGGGUUCAUUCCAGAUAUCAUCCUUUAUCUGUCUUAUUUCUACAAGCAUCAUGAGCUGUCCCUUCGUCUUGGAUUUUUCUGGACAGCUAUGAGCGGUGCCGAUAUCCUAUCCGGUAUAUUUGCCUUUGGCAUCCUGCAUCUUAGAGGGACCCAGGGCAAGUCUGGAUGGCGCUGGCUCUUUUUGCUCGAAGGCCUGAUCACCCUUGUCCUUGGCAUUUUCUCGUUCCUCCUAAUGCCACCCGGCCCGACGCAGACGUCGAGUUGGUUCAGAGGAAAGAAGGGAUGGUUUACGGAAAAAGAGCAAACCAUCAUCGUCAAUCGAGUCAUCCGGGAGGACCCGAGCAAGGGUACGAUGCAUAACCGGCAACCCGUCACGCCUAAGCUACUCUGGAAGAGCAUGAAAGACUUCGAUCUCUGGCCGCUCUAUCUGGUCGGCUUCAGCUUCCAGAUCCCUAUGACGACACCACAGCAGUACUUGACCCUGUCGCUUCGAGGAAUCGGGUUCAACACUUUCCAGACGAAUCUUCUCUCCAUUCCAUACCAGGUUGGCCAUAUCAUAACGAUGAUGAUAAUCACUUACGGAGCAGAAAUUACCGGCUCCUUAACUUGGUGGUCCAUCGUAGGGCAAAUUUGGGCAUUGCCAUUCCUCAUCUUCCUCCGCGUCACCAACAUCAAUACGGUACCUAAGUGGACCGAGUUUGCUAUUAUGACGUUGCUUCUCAGCUAUCCCCUUGCCCACGCAAUUCAAGUCGGCUGGUGCUCUCGUAAUGCGAACACUGUCCGGUCCCGCACCGUCAGCGCAGCUAUGUACAACAUGUUCGUCCAAGCUGGAGGUAUUGUCGCUUCCAACAUCUACCGCGACGACGACAAGCCCCGAUACAAGCGCGGAAACACGGCUCUAGUUUCUAUCACCGUGAUGAACAUCGCCCUUUAUGUUUUCAUGAAGGCCUACUACGUCUUCCGCAAUAGGUCGCGUGAGAAUAAGUGGAACUCUAUGUCCGAGCAAGAACGCCUUCACUACCUAGAGACGACAAAAGAGGAGGGGAACAAGCGCCUGGACUUCAGGUUUGCGCACUGAGCGGGAGGAGUGGGUUACCAUCGCAAUUUAUAUAUUUUAAGAGGACGACGGAGGCUGUCUAUUGGGUGGGUGCUGGCUGCUGGAUGUCAUGAGGAAUGCCUCUCUACUCAGCGCAGAAUCAGAAGUGUUUUUAUGUCAUGUGCUCCUAAUUACUACACUUUAUCUCU